AGGUUGAUGCUAUGGAAGGCCUGGGACAAACAGCACUGCACCUAGCGGUGUUCUAUGCUUGGCACGAUGGUGUAGAGACAUUACUAAAGCACGGGGCCUCUCCCAAUACCUUGUGUGAGCCUCCACCUGGGGUGAAGGGACUGAGGAUUGAGACGCCUAUGCACUCGGCAGUGCGUCGCGGAGACCUCCCUUCUACAAUCCUCCUGCUUCAGCACCGUCCGGAUCUUGCACAGAGAGACAGUGACCUGCGUUCUGUCCUCCACUUGGCAGCCUCUUCCCGCAGCCUUGAGAUUAUGCGCCAAAUUCUGAAAGAAAAACAAGUGAGAGAAGUGAUUAAGAGUAAAGAAAGUAAAGGGAACAGCGUCCUGCACAUGGCCCUCAUGACCGAAUGUGACGCUGUCUGCGAGACAACAAUACAUGACCUUGUGAAAGAAUUAGUGCACGUUGGGGCAGACAUAAAUGACGUCAACCUUCAGGGUGAGAGUCCACUCUUCUUUGCUGCCCAGCAUCGUCUGUCCCGCGUGGUAGAGACUUUGAUAGACUUCGGAGCUGACGUUACCGUGAUGACACGCAACGGGCAGUCCCUGCUGCACGCUGCUUGUCUCCAGGGUUGUGCCACCAGUCUUGGUCACAUCUUAAAAACUGGUAAAGUACAAGAUCUGGUCAUAAAUUGCGACAACGACGGCUACGCACCUUUCCAUUACGCAGUGCAGAGCGGCUCCAUCGACUGCUGUGAGUUGCUGCUGACCAACGGUGACCACUUGACGCGAAUGAAUAAGGAUGGAUUGACGCGCUGCUCAGUCAUCUUGAGGCAGCUUCCCUCUGCGACACAGCUCCUCACGCGGCUGUUUGACAAUCACGUUCGCCUUUCCAACGUACCUCACCAUGAUCCAAACUUUCGCGUAACUUUUGAUUAUUCAGUUAUAACUUUAGAAGAAGGUAUCCAGAGCUCAUUGAUAUCAGAACUGUCCUCCUCUCGCGUCGAGGCUCUACUUAAACACCCUUUGCUUGAGAGUUUUCUUUUCUUGAAGUGGAACAGAAUUAAGCCCUUCUUCUACUGCACCGUAUUUUUCUAUCUCCUGUUCUUGCUUCUUCAUACCACAUUUAUUGUCAUGACAUUUGGCAGGAAAUCUUGGGUUUGGCAGGGAAACGCCAAUUCCUACACUGUAUUCUUAGUCCUACAUAUCAUUAUGUUCCUGUUAAUAAUGUUCCCAGACCUUGUCAUUAUGUUUGCAAACCUUAAGAAGUAUCUGUAUCAGUGGGAAACUUACACAAAGAUUAUCGCUCUCACUAGUUCUGCUUUUGUAGUGUUUAGUUGUUUCCCAUUCUUCAAACAUAUCGAUUUUCUGCCAUCACAGGACCAAAGUAUGAACAACUCAUGGGAGAACAGUUCAGAGCCAUCUACUGACGACAUGAUGGAAACGAUGGUGAGUCCGAAGGUGGUGCGUUACGCUGCGGCAAUCUCAGCGUUCUUCAGCUGGGUUGAAUUCAUGAUGCUCCUAGGUCGCUUCCCGUCACUGGGAAGCUAUGUUCUCAUGUUCACUCGUGUCGCUCGUGCCAUCAUCAAGUUUUUAGCAGCGUUCUCCAGUCUUAUAAUUGGCUUUAGCGUGAGUUUUCUCGUGCUGUUUUCAAAAAAGGAUGAGUUCGGUACGUUGCCUCUAAGUUUCACCAAGACUCUCAUGAUGAUGAUUGGAGAAAUCGACUUCAGCAAUCUAAUCCAUGAUCUGGACUUUCUCAGCGGCGUGUUCCUUGUAGUGUUCCUCUUCCUGGUGUGCAUUCUCAUGACCAAUCUUUUGAUCGGUCUGGCUGUCAACGAUCUUCCUGACCUCCAGCGGCAGGGUAAGAUCCGAAGGUUGUCCAAGCAGGUGUCGUACUUAGUGUCUUAUGAACGGCUGAUGGUGGUGGCGCGUAGCCUAUUCUGCUUCCCUCAUCAGUUGCGUAUUCUUUUGACUCAUCGCUGCAAAAUUCCACAAUCAGUUGAUGUGUUCCCCAACAAAAGCAAUGGCUACAGAGUUUCUCGGAAGAGUAGUCACUACCCAAUUCCCACCGAGACGCUGCAGGAGGCAAUCAUACUGGGAAACGAUGACUCUAAAAUAGACUUUAACUCCAUGGAGGAGGAAGACACCCUUUCAAUGCAAUUCAGAUCAUUCAAAAUCAAAUAUGAUCGUGACCGCCGCCAGUUGCAGCGCCGCCUGACACAGUUGCCGGACACAAUCACCACGGAAACUAUGCUGAAAGAGCGCUUGGAUCGAAUGGAGCAGAUGAUCCAAUACCAGAUACUCAAUCUGUCUCUGCAACUCCAGAAGCAUCAUUUUGUGUGUACCAACUGCCAACAACUUUUGCCUGAUACUCGGACUCAGAAAGGCCAGUGGCAGACGGUAAUCCCAAAAAACUUCCAGGUCAUUAAUGCAACACAGAGUUGUCCUGUUCAGCAAUCUGAUAAUAAUUGGUUUCCAGCCCAGGCCGCGCAACCGCUGUCAGCAACGCGCAAUGUACCACAAGCCAUCUCUGGCAAUAUGAGACUUCAAACUCCAUUACACCAACACCCUUCCAUGUAUAAGAAGCAAACGUAGUCUCUCUCUCUCUCUCUCUCUCUCUCUCUCUCUCUCUCUCUCUCUGACAAAGCUUGGCACAAACGUACAUUACUACUCUAGUUUCAUCAUCGUUCCUCUCACAGACUGAGCGACCAGUCUUCCUAAAGUAAAUGGUACAAACGUAAUGUGUUAUAAGAAACCAAACACUCCAUCAUGGCUUAGCUGACCACCAUCGCACCGCCAUGGCAUUUCGUGUAAGGCUCUGGAUAUUAUUAUUUAUUGUAUAUGUUAUAUCUUAUUGUAUCCUAUUUCUGGCUGUAUUUGUUUUUGCUUUGUUGAAGUCAUAUUUUUAUACCAUAAUUUUUAUCCAGUGAACAUCACAAUACAUUAAACUUA